UGAAAAAGAUAUUGGAUAUUGGAAGGCUGCGUUACUCAAUCUUAUAAUUACAAUCUGUUAGUUGACUCUCCGUCUUUUGCCUAUUCUUCCCCACACACGCCACCGUGCAUGCUUCCUUAGUGCACAAGGUGCUUUCUGGCUAGACGCGAAGCGCCACGGUUGUGUCCAGAUAAUAAUAAGAUGCUGGAUGUCGAGGUUGUCCCCGAAUUGGGGAUACGUCAUAAAUCCUGGGAGUUCAUUCUCGGAAUGCCUAUUCAACAAAUGAUUGACAUUCUACGAAAACAGGAUCAUACGAUUAAAAAUGUUGAUUUUUGGUAUAGCGACAAGGAUCCUUACAGCAUGAAUUUGGUGUUAGUACUACCUGCUGAUGGCGUCAGGUUUCACUUCGAUCCAUUUUUACAAAGACUUAGGGUUGGUACUCCAGUUUUUUGACUUUGUACAGAUCAUCGAAGUUAUUGAUUUGUCCUCCAUCACAUUACGAUACUGGUCACAGUAUUUCAAUAGUCCAUCUAUCUUACCAACGAUGCAGGAGGUCCUAAGAAUAUUCGGUUCCACUAAACCACUGGUUCCUACAGAAUCAGAUGGUGACUAUCAACUAACUUACCGGGGUAUUACCUUCAUUUUCAGAAAGUUUUCUAUUGGAAUAUCAGGAGGAAGUCGUGAGUCGAUUGACUCUAAGUCUGAUCUACUUGCUACACGAUUAUUUAUUUACCUGGGUAGUCAUUUAGCGGAAGCUAAGGUCCCAGUUGAACUACCUAGUGCAUGCUAUUUACAAAAUGUUUUUCUCGAAAGACUCAAAGUCAACAGAUCAGUCAAUUCUACCACAGAUUUAACGUUACAUCUUGUUUCUCAAGAUUUAAAUGUAAAUCCAACACGCGAACCUCAAAUUCGUCGGUUUACUCGCUCUUUAACUUUUGGGGAUUGUGUUCAGGAUGUACUUUCAGCUUUAGGUUCACCAAGUCGUGUAUUUUAUAAAACUGAAGAUAAAAUGAAAAUUCACCUUCCUCAAUCACAUCGACUUGUGCAACCAAGAAAAUCAGAUUAUUUUUUCAAUUAUUUUUCGCUUGGCUUAGAUAUAUUAUUUGAUGCUCAGACCCAUAAAGUAGUGAAAUUUGUUUUGCAUACAAAUCAACCAGGAGAGUAUACAUUUAACACAUAUUAUCGAUGCCUUUUUGAAAUACCAAUUACUUUUGCAAAAUCAUUUAAAGAGAGCGCUAGUAUAGAAGUUGAUGAUGAAACAGUAUUGAAAACAGACAAUUCACUUAAUGAAACAAAAUAUUUAGUAACGCCAUUUUCAAAAUGGUCAGAUGUCCGACAACAUUUAAAUUCAUCAAUAGACACUGAACCAGUGGUUAUUUAUCGAGAAUCAAAACCGCAACAAAAUCCAUUUGGUCCGACACAUGCAUAUGGUUACCAAGAUAUUAUAUUUGAGAUUAUUCCAAGUAGUGAAUGUAUAGCUUCAGUGACAUUAUACACUCCAAUUCAUCUAUCUAAAACACCUAAUUAAUCAAGUCUACAAAAUAUCAACAUUAUGGUGAUGAUGACGACAAACGAUCAAUCAAAACACAUCUGUUAACAACAACAACAAAAACAAAAUCUCCAAAAUUCUAACUUUGAAUGGGUUAAUUCCUAUUUGAUUGAAUAAAACUGUUAAUUAAUUAAUUUUCUGAUUUAUUUAUUAUUUUUUAUUUUCAUAAAAAAGCUGCCUAAUAUUUUUGUGUAUUGACUUCAUUGUCCAUCAUGUCAUAUCGAUAGUUUAAUUCUUUUCUUUUUUUUUAUCACUGUUCUUUAUACAACAUUAUGACAUUUCUUUAACUUAUUAUAAUGUGUUGUUGUUGUUGUAUGACAAGUCGCCAACAAAUUCGAUCCUAUCAGAAGCUCAAUCAUUU